AUGGCCCUUGCUGGGCACGUUGGAAUGGAGAUCGUGGACGUGUUCUGUCAAGAACCACCAGCAAAAGACAGUAAGCUAGUGCAACAUGAGAAUGUUACUGUCACACCUCAUCUUGGAGCUAGCACCAAGGAAGCACAGGAAGGAGUAGCUAUUGAAAUAGCAGAGGCUGUUGUUGGAGCGUUGAACGGGGAGCUUUCUGCUACUGCUGUUAAUGCUCCAAUGGUUCCUGCUGAAGUCUUGUCAGAGUUGGCUCCUUAUGUUGUGCUAGCUGAGAAGCUUGGUAGGUUAGCUGUGCAGUUGGUCUCUGGUGGGAGUGGAAUCAAAUCUGUGAAGGUGACUUAUCGAUCAUCUCGAAACCCAGAUGACUUGGACACGAGAAUUCUCCGAGCCAUGAUCACAAAAGGCAUCAUUGAACCGAUAUCAUCCUCAUUUAUCAAUCUGGUAAAUGCAGAUUUCACAGCUAAACAGAAAGGCCUCCGCAUUAGUGAAGAACGCGUGGUCGUGGACUCAUCCCCAGAGGUCCCCAUCGAUUCAAUCCAGCUGCAUGUAUCCAGUGUUGAUUCUAAGUUUGCUAGCUCUAUUUCAGACAAUGGAGAUAUAAGCGUUGAGGGUAAAGUGAAAUAUGGGGUACCUCACUUGACAUGUGUCGGAGCAUUUGCCGUGGAUGUGAGCCUGGAAGGGAACCUAAUUCUGUGCAGGCAGGUGGAUCAACCGGGCAUGAUUGGCAAGGUUGGUAACAUACUUGCAAAGCACAAUGUGAAUGUCAACUUCAUGAGUGUAGGGAGAACUUACAGGAGAAAACAAGCUGUCAUGGCAAUCGGCAUCGAUGAAGAACCGAACAAGGAGGCUCUCAACGAAAUAGGGGAUGUGCCUGCCAUUGAAGAGUUUGUGUUCCUUGAAUUAUAGAUAAAGACAUCUAGGAACAUGUUUACCUACUGGUUAUGCAAUAAGUAACCAGAUAAUAUGGCUGCCUGCCAACAGAAGAGAAAAAAUAUGAAAGGAAAUAAAUGGUAGUAGUAUCUAUAUCUAUGGUGAGUUGGUGCCAUUUUGAUUUCUUUCAAGUCAAAACUGUUGUUGUAGUAGUAUUAGUAGUAAUAAUUGAUUUUUUAUUUUUAUUUUUUAGUGGUGGUGGUUGUAACAGGAGUAGUUCUAAGUUUUAAUAAAGGUGUGCAUGACUGAAGUCCUUUCCAUAUCCUAGUAAAUGGAAAAUGAAAAGAUUUCCAGUUUGUAAUAGUGUUAUUUCUUAGAAGUGCUUAUAAGCAAUUAGUAUUAUGUUUAAUGGUUA